AUGGGUAAAAGAAGAAUACCCAUGUUGCAGAAAGUUUCAAAUCUCAUCAAACUCUCCAUUUUCAUAGCCAAAAUGAGGUUAAUCUAUCUCAAAAAAUCAACCAAACUCAACAAGUUUAAGUCUUUGAAGCACUACAACAGCUAUGGGUUCCUUCAAGAACACCAGUUCUCACCUUCAAGCACUCCCCUAAUCCGUUUUCAUCGCCGCAAGACAAAUGGAGUCCCGGUGUAUUCGAUUUGCUUUCUUUCGUGUUUUGGAGGGCGAUAUCAUGGGGUGAUGGCGGAUGAGAAUUAUUCGUUUGAAUCUGCCAUUAUCCAAGUGGAGAGAGAAUGUGAAGAAGAAGAAGAAGAAGAAGAACAUGAAGAAGAUUCAGUAGAUGAAAGGGCUGAGAGGUUUAUUGAGAGAUUUUAUGAGGAGAUGAAAAGACAAAGGAUUGAGUCAGCUACUUUUCCUCUCAAUAGGAUGCUGGAAUAUUGA